UCUAAAUUUAAUUAACUUUCAUAAUUUACUUUAGAGUUUAUUGCAAUUAUUUGAUUUAAUUUGAUAAUGUUCUAAAUUUAAUUAAAUGGUUAAAAUGAGCGAAGGCGAUGAAUCCAAUUCUUGAACAGUGCGAGUUGAGAAAGACAGGGAUAACAUAUCAUCAAGCGAUGAAUUCGAAGCACGAUGAAGACGAACAACAGCGACGGCAAUGGGGUACAAGAGCGUGGGCCACACUCUCCGCCCUACGAGCCCGAUCGCCGCUCAUCCAAUGCAUCACCAACUUCGUUUCAAUGGAUUUAAUGGCCAAUACUCUCUUAUCCGCCGGCGCCUCGCCGGCCAUGCUUCAUUCCGUCGAGGAGUUGCCAGAUUUCACUCCUAACGCUGACGCUCUCUGUAUCAAUGUUGGCACGCUUUCCCCCGCCUGGUUGCCCGCCAUGAAGUUCGCCGGUGAACUGGCGGUAAAGGCUGGGAAGCCUUGGGUUCUUGAUCCGGUGGCGGUCGGAGCAUCUAAAUUCCGGAUGAUGGCUUGUUUGGAGCUUAUGAGUCUGAAGCCCACCGUUGUUAGAGGGAAUGGGUCCGAAAUAAUCGCUCUGUCUAAAGCUUCUUUGGACUCUAGUAUGGGUGUGGAUAGCUGUCAUGAGUCGGUGGAUGCUGUAGAAGCUGCAAAAUCAUUAGCUCAAUCCAGUGGAGCAAUAGUAGCAGUAUCAGGAGCUGUGGACAUAGUUACAGACGGGAAGCAAGUUAUUGGCGCUCGAAAUGGAGUGGCCAUGAUGCAAAAGAUUACAGCAACUGGAUGCUCAGUAACAGCCCUUAUUGCUGCUUUCCUUGCUGUCGAUCAACUUCAUGCUUUAGAAGCAACAGCUUCGGCUUUAUCAAUAUUUGGAAUUGCAGGAGAAAUGGGAAUGGAUGUGGCAAAGGGCCCUGCAUCACUACGAACUCAUUUGAUUGAUUCACUUUAUGGGCUCGAUGAAGCUGCUAUAAUCUCGCGAAUAAGGAUCUCCAGCUUGUGAUUAAAUUUUGAACGCGGUUUUAUGUAUGCUGCAUUUGAUAGAAACUACAGACCAUGGUUGCAUUCAUCACCACACAUAUAUUGCGUUGUUCUUUGUUCACCACACUGGUUUUCAGUAGGUUAGAUGUACAAGGACCCUCAGCAAUGUUUCUGCUCCAUCUGCCACGUGCUGGCCCGGAGGAAUGAGGGAUCGCACCUCUGCAAUACCACGUGCAUUCUUGAACUUGCCAGUUCCUCCAGUCACUGACAAAUGCGACGAGGGGCUACCAAUCCUGAAUACUCCAUAGAAGUUGAGACUGU